AUGGCUUCCAGAUCAGAAGAGAAUCUCUGCUGUGCGGUCUGCAGUGAUGUCUUCAGAGAUCCUGUUCUUCUGUCAUGUAGCCACAGCUUCUGUAAAGACUGUUUGAAGAGCUGGUGGAAAGAAAAAGGAGUAAAAGAGUGUCCACUUUGUAAGAGAAGAUCUUCGAGGGAAGAACCACCUUGUAACCUGGUGUUAAAGAACCUGUGUGAGACCUUCUUACAGGAGAGAGAUCAGAGCUCUUCACCUGCUCUCUGCAGUCUGCACUCAAAGAAGCUCAAACUCUCCUGUCUGGACCAUCAGCAGCCAGUGGGUCUCGUCUGCAGAGAUUCAGAAAAACACACCGACGACGGAUUCAGACCAAUGGAUGAAGUUGCACGACAACACAAGAAGCAGCUUCAGGAAACUCUGGAGCCCUUGAAGAAGAAGUUACAGUGUUUUGAACGUGUUAAAGUACAGUUUGAACAAACAGCAGAACACAUUAAGGUCCAGGCCGGACUCACAGAGACGCAGAUCAAGGAGCAGUUUAAAAAGCUUCAUCGGUUUCUGGAGGAGGAAGAGGAGGACAGGGUGGCUGCACUGAGGGAGGAAGAGGAGCAGAAGAGUCGGAUGAUGAAGAAGAAGAUUGAGGCUCUGAGCAGAGACGUAAUGGCUCUUUCAGACACAAUCAGAACCACAGAGGACGAGCUGAGAGCUGAAGACGUCUCGUUCCUGCUCAAUUACAAGGCUGCAGUGGAACGAGUCCAGCAGCGCCCCCUGCUGGAUGAUCCACAGCUGGCCUCAGGAGCUCUGAUAGACGAGGCCAAACAUCUGGGCAACCUGAGCUUCAACAUCUGGAACAAGAUGAAGGACGUGGUCUCCUACAGUCCUGUGGUUCUGGACCCAAACUCUGCUCAUCCAGAACUCGUCCUGUCUGAAGAUAUGAUCAGUUUGAGAGGAGGAGAGAAACAGAAGCUUCCUGACAAUCCAGAGAGGUUUGAUUAUUUUCACUCAGUCCUGGGAUCUGAGGGUUUUAACUCAGGGACUCACAGUUGGGACAUCCUGGUUGGAGACAGUACACGCUGGACACUGGGUGUGUCAGCAGAGUCUGCCCAGAGGAAGGGAAGCAAUAUGUCUGAAACAUGGGGAAUAUGGUUCUAUGAAGGUAAAUACACAACCGUGUCACCAUCAGGAUUAUCUGUUCUCUCUGUGCAGAAGAUCCAGAGGAUCAGAGUGAAACUGGACUGGAACAGAGGAGAACUGUCGUUCUCUGAUCCUGAUACUAACAAACACAUUCACACCUUAACACAAACUUUCACUCACAAGAUGUUUCCUUUCUUUAGCACGAAAGAUCAUCACCCAGUGAAGCUGUUACCUGUGAAAGUCUCUGUGACGCUGGAUCAGAGCCGUUAGAGACAAAGAUUUUAUUCAUCAUGUUUAUUUCUUCAAGAGAAAUCUGCUGAAUUUAAAAGUUAAACUCGUUAUUCUGAAGCUUUGUUUAUUUCUCCUUUUACUUAUCACUCAUUUUUAUUUCUGCUGUCGAUUUUUCCACGUGUGUAAAAAGAUUUGAUUAUUUUCUGAUCUUUAUCUUUGGUUUGUUUUUUUAC